AUGAUUCUUCCAUUAGAGAUUCUGGAACAAAUCGUAGUCAGCGGACUAGACAGCUUCGAGACCGCCAAAGCAUGGUGCAAACUAUCUCCAUGUUUUCGGAGUCAAGUGACACGAAAUAUGGGAAUUGUAAUAAUUUCCGACGCCAGUGAUGGACACGACAAGGAUAAUCCCAGAGACUUGCAGGUGCUGGACUACAAAAUGCUGAGCGAUGGGCGCAAUACUUUGCUUUUAGAUGCAGAUUCAUUCAACUCACAUUUGUUGCAAGGAUUUUUAGAAAAGUACGGAAAUCUACUUCUUGUGGUAGUUACCUACAAACAGUUCAGUGAUCCGCUCCUUUCAGUCUUGAACUGCGUCGCGGAACAAAUUGCUAAGAUCAAUUCCAACUAUCGCAAAAAUCUGUGCAUGAUUUACAAGACUCCCUGCAAUUUUCUCAGCAAAGUAUACUUCCGGCAGUUUCUAUUGUUCCCAAAGCACAUUCGUCUCUGCGAGCUCCAUUUGUUGGGCUGUGAAGAAUCGGUAGAGCAUGACAACAUGGAUUUAGAUCUUGUUUUCGAGGUCACGAACUUACACAACGUCCGUCAUCUUUUCAGCCUGAACAUACAAAAGUCAAAUCACAAACUAUUAGCUCCGAAUCUGGAGUCGAUACGCGAACUGGAAGUCAACUCGUCAAUUGAUCUAGUCGUGGCUUUCAAAAAUACCCCUAGACUCUCCAACAUCAUUCAGUUUCGAAUUCCAACCGGCUUAAGUCUAAAAUCUUACGUGCUUCCUCCGUGCGACUCCAUCAAACUAGUGCAAUUCAACCCUCAAUUAGCAUACCCCGUCGUGGAAGGCCAAAGUGUGAGGCAGCAUCUAUCAAUCACUACCUCUUUGAAAACGGAGAAAUCUUUUUUGAGAAACUUGAAUUUUCCUAACAUCAGAAAACUCACUGUAGCGUCUCUUGCCUCAUUAGUAGAAGAUGUAACAUUCGAAAAUUGUCAGUUCCCAAAAUUAAAAAUCUAUGAUGGGUCGCAUGCAUUUGGCCUCACUGAUUGGGGUAGUCUUUCGGCAUGUGGAGCUACCCUUGAGUCCGUUGAAAUAUCUUUCGACAAUUGCCGCGAUCUGGCAACAUUCAUCCAGUGCCCGUAUCAGCUACCAGGAACAUUAAAAAUCACAUCAAUGGUCAUGAACUCUAAUCUUUUGUCCAUGAAAAACGAGUUGAAAACUCUCGUCAAAGAUCCUCGAUGUCGAAGUAUGGUCGAAGCUUGCUCGAAAAUCAUAAUGAACAUCACGACUGUAUGGCAAUGCGCAUUACUUCAUUUCAUGAUACUUCCAAAUAUUUCCAAAACUGCUGCUCUUUGUCUGAAAAUUGACCUAAAGGAACUUGGAGGAGACAUCAAGAAUUACUGCAACAAUAACAAUAUAACAAGAAGCGAACUUUGCGAAUUGUCUGAAAUACCUAAUGAUGGCGAAGUUUUCCGCAUGGUGCUACCGAGAUCAUCGAAAAUCACCUUGCUGGAUAUCGAUUCUGUUGAACCUAGUUUAAUGCCAAGUUCCAAGCCUGCUCUCAACAACGCGCAAUUCAAUUCUUACGCAACCUUCAAGGGCUCUAGCAUUGAUGUCUUACAAAAUCCGAUUUCGCCGUCGGCAUUUCGAAGAAACAGUUUAGCUGGGAGUGAUAGCGAUACAGCUCGCCGAAGUAGCAUUAUUAGUAUCUCAAGUCCAACUUCCGAUAUUUACUUGCAGUCAAGGCGCGCUAGCAGCUUCGCCUCUACCACAAUUCCGUGCUUUACUUCAGUUAGCCAGGGGGAAGAGUCUUGUAUUUGUGAGGAUCAAAUAUUGAGUUUUACGUUUUGCAAGGGUACCCAAAUCUCUGUGUUAGAAACGACAAAGUACAUUUUUGACCACUGUCUGGAAAGUAGCGCAGACUUCCAUCAAGUAUUGAAAUGGCGAAUAGGCCCAAACGAGGAGGUCGGCAGCGACUCAUCACUGGUAUUUCCUGUUGAAGACGCCAUUGUACGAUGA